AAAUUAAACGUUUAUUCUCACUGGUCACAAUUAACGACAUCUCUUCAAAGUCCAGAUGUUUAACAUACAUAUGUAUCUAUCUAUUGGGCAGCUUCUUACCUGACCACCAGAGGGCGGGCUCUUCUGUUAAACCAGUGGACUCACCUGCAGUGAAGGGCUGUAAAGUGUGAUGCAAACAGCGUCUUGAGUGAGUUCAGGUGGCGCUCUGCUAUGAAUCAGAUCAAGGACAGUGAAGAGGAAGCUCCGCCCUCUAAAACCACUCUGUGUGAGGAACAUGAGGGUCAGAGGAGGAUCCAUCAACAGAGAUCAGACUCUGCCGGACCUGGACCUGGACCCAGCUGUGUGUCCAUGAAGAGUGACCAGUCCAUGGAUGAACCUGUGACCUUCAAACAAGAACAGAGGAGGAUCCAUCAACAGGGACCAGACUCUGCUGGACCUGGACCCAGCUGUGUGUCCAUGAAGAGUGACUGGUCCAUGGAUCAACCUGUGACCUUCAAACAAGAACAGAGAGAUGAUCAGCAGAGGACAGAGGUUCUCAGUGGUCAGUCUGUCCAGCAGCAUGGAGCAGACCUGGACUCCAUAUUUAAGGUGUGUAAAUGUACAAACAUGACACUACUGUUAAUACUGAAGCAGAGUCCUGGGGCCUCAUGUAUAAACCGUGCGUACGCACAAAAAGACGGCGUACGCUUGCUUUCACGCACAGACGGCAUGUAUAAAAAUGUACUUGGCGUGGAAGUUUGCGCAUCGCAGCGCAAACUCUCGAGCUGCCGUGAGAAUUUGCCGAGAGCUCCGCAAACUCUUGUCAGGUGGAGACGCUGCAAUAUUAAGCUCUGAAACUUAUCACAGUGUUUGAAAAUAAUAUUAUUAAUGUGUCUACAGUGACAAACAUGAAUUUUCUGUGACAAACAAUACUGAUACACCACGUACGUUUGAACAUAUGUGGAUAACAUCAGAGAGGACACUGAAGACGAAACUGAUCCU